CUUUUGUUCGCAUUAGUAUUCAUUACAUAGUAGUCUUUUCUACUAUGCUCAUUAUCUGUGUAUUCAUUGUUAGGCUUUAUUCAUUUGUAUUCUAUCCAUCAUUUAAAAAAAAAAUGCCUAAAUAUCACUUCUUAAGGAUAUCGUUCUCUGAGAUAGUUUAUAUCAUCUAUUUCAUGAAAUGGUCCAGAUUCUUCCCUAAUCACUCGGUUAUCCCGUUUUAUGCUAAUACACUCUUAUUCUUUUUUUUUCCCUUUACGUCUCUUAAAAAACGAUUUUUAGCAGAUACACGUUUUUUUUUUUCUUUUUGGGACACUUUAAUCUUCCUUCCCUUUCCUUUUCUCCUCCUCCUCCUUCCCCCCAACAAUCAAUAUUAUAGCGGAGACUAAAUUUAGACAAGAAAAAAUUAAGGCUGUGGAUUAGAUUUUGAGGCUGAAGUAUGAAACUUUAAAAAAAAAAAAAAAA